UUGCAUGUACAGACACUGAAGGGGUCUACAUGAUUACACUGGAUGAUGAAGAAGUUUGGCACGCUGACUUUAUCCAACAAAAAGGAGUUGAUACCAUGCCGGACUUUGUCAGCCAUCCAAGCACUGAGGGAUUAUUUGAGCAAUCUUUAGGUCAACAAGAAGUCUGCAAAUAUAACCUAAAGAGGAUCCGUAAGGGUUUGAAGGACAUCCCUGAUGCAUUCGAUGCUCCCUCCGCCCUGGUCUACAGCGCUAACAGCGUGGAGCUGGGAGAGAAGAACAUCCUGGUCUGUCAUGUCUCUGGUUUCUAUCCUGCUCCUGUCAACGUCUCCUGGACCAAGAACGGCCAGAAGGUGACUGAAGGAACCAGCAUCAACGUUCCCUAUCCCAGUAAGGACAGCACCUUCACCCAGAUCUCCAGACUGGACUUCAUCCCUCAGCUGGGAGACGUCUACAGCUGCUCAGUGGAGCAUCCUGCCCUACAGGAACCAACAACCACAAUAUGGGGUGAGGAACCUUGAUCUCCCAGUAUUGGACCAGCUGUGUUCUGUGGCGUCGGUCUGACGGUGGGUCUUCUUGGUGUGACCAUUGGAACCUUCUUCCUGAUCAAAGGGAACGAGCUGAUUGGUCCAAGCUGAUGGGUCCAAAGACCUGCCGGUGUCCUGCUGUACCAGUGACAGGAUCAGGACCUAGUUGUGACCCUAACACUGCUCCCCCCAUGGUGGAUUCUUCUGUUACCUCCUC